AUUUGCCAAUCCCCCGACAAUCCGUCAUAAGCAUAUGGACCCAACAAAGGCGGCUGAGGAGUGAGGUAAACCCAUCGGAGUGCCGAGCAAUCAAAGCCUCUGACUUCGGAACCGCCAUGGAAGCACAUCCGCAGCAGAGAGACGCUACUCAGCAAGGUCAGCCGCCUCGUGCGGCUGGUAGUCCACCAUCACAAGCCACCGCUGCUGGUGGAGGCGACUUAACUCCCAUACUUUUCGUGCUCUUCUCCUUCAUCGCUAUUUUCGCCUUGGUGGUGGCCCCUUCACUGUCAACAAACAGCUUUACUACCCUACAUCAAGUUCCAGAAGGUCAUGUUGGUGUCUACUGGAGAGGAGGGGCCCUUUUAAGAACAAUAACAGAGCCAGGUUAUCAUUUGAAACUGCCACUUAUAACUCACUUUGAACCCAUUCAAGUAACUCUUCAGACGGAUUUGGUGAGAGAUAUACCAUGUGGGACAAAAGGAGGUGUAAUGAUUAACUUUGAGAAAAUUGAGGUCGUUAACCGCCUUCGUAAGGACUAUGUGCAUGAUACCCUGCUCAACUAUGGUGUGGAUUAUGACAAUACAUGGAUAUAUGACAAAAUCCAUCAUGAAAUUAAUCAGUUCUGCAGCAGCCACAGCCUUCAACAAGUCUAUAUUGAUAUGUUUGAUCAAAUUGAUGAGAAAAUGAAAGAUGCUCUUCAAGCUGACUGCACACGUUAUGCACCUGGCAUUGAAAUAAUAAGUGUACGUGUCACAAAACCAAAAAUCCCGGAGAGCAUAAGGCGGAACUUUGAACACAUGGAAGAAGAGCGUACUAAGGUGUUGAUUGCUGUAGAGAAACAGAGAGUUUCCGAGAAAGAAGCUGAGACACAAAAGAAGAUUGCUAUCAGUGAGGCCGAAAAGAACGCUCAUGUCAGCAAGAUUCAGAUGGAACAGAAGUUGAUGGAGAAAGACAGCUCAAGGAAGCAAGAAGAGAUUUCUAAUGCAAUGUAUUUAGCACGAGAGAAAAGUUUGGCAGAUGCUGCUUACUAUCGCACGAUGAGAGAAGCAGACGCUAACAAGUUGAAGCUUACCCCACAAUUCUUGGAACUCAAAUUCAUUGAAGCAAUUACAAACAACUCCAAAAUAUUCUUUGGCAACAAGGUACCAAAUAUGGUUCUUGAUCAAAGGAUUCUGGGAAAUUUCCUCUCAGAAUUUUCUGGCAAGGAGAAAAAUGAAGCAUAGCCACUUAGGUGCCUGGCAUUUUAGUGUGGGCAUUUAAUGCAACUGCGAAUCAGGGAAACAAUUGACCAUUCUCUACAUUUUUUCUACGGUGCUCUAGUUCUUUUAUGUGCAUAAACUUGUGGAACUUAAUAUUUUGGUACUCGUUUAACCAUCAUCCCCUGAAAGAUACUCCAGUCUGCUGAAUGAAAAAAAAACAGUGCAAUCACACAAAAGCGAGAGGCUGCUUGCUCCCUACUGAUAAUACGAACAGCUGACCUUUAUGACUACUAAUUUGUCAUAGUAAAAAGGCUACUUAUUGAAUUACUAGAAUGAUAAAAUAGAUAGUAUGAUGUUUCACGUGGA